CUAAUCUCCUAGCGUUAUCCCAGAAUCCACUCUUUCUCGGGGGGCUUGCAUCCUGUGGCAACUGCUUUACGUAUCAGCAGCUGGUGGUGGUGGCCACAUAUACGCGCAAAGCCCUGAGGCAGUGAGUGCUGGGCGUGCCGGCACGCCGCAUGCAUUACUAGCCUGAUCCGGCAUCAUGGUUUUCACCCUGUUACAGCACCCUCCUGCUUGGAACUUACCUUCCAUUGACGUGGCCUGCAUAGAGGCGCAGGUGUACCUCCGACUUGCUGGUGCUGCUUUCCAAGUGGAGGACGUGCCCACGCGAGUAGGAGCCGAGCAGAUUCCUGCCCUGGAGGAUGGCGACGAGGUGGUUAUGGCGAGUGAGAGUGGGGGGAUACCCGCCUACCUACGGGAGACCAAGGGCAUUGACCUGGACAGCGCCCUGACUGCUGCGGAGCGCGCGGACGCCGAGGCGCUGAGCGCGCUGGCCCACCUGCGGCUGCGCGCCGCGCUGCACUACUCCCUCUGGCUGGAGGAGGCCAACUACAAGCUGUGCCAGCACGCUUACGCGCCGGCCCUGCCCUUCCCGCUCAACCGCGUCCUGGCGUACCUCGCGCACAAGCAGGCCGACGCGCAGUUCCAGACGGGCGAGGUGGACGCGGCGCACGUGCGCGCGGAGGUGUACCGCCAGGCGGAGCGCGCCUACGCGGCGCUGGCCACCCGACUAGGGGAGCAGCGCUACUUCUUUGGGAAUCGCCCCUCCAGAGUGGACGCCGCCGUGUUUGCGCACCUCCUCUUCCUGGAGAAAGCGCCGCUGGUCGAGACGUCCCUGAAGACCAGCGCCUUCUCUCAUCCAAACCUGGUCAAGUACGUCAAGCGUCUAGAGCUCGAGGUCCUGUCCGCUCGUCCCGACAUGCCUCGUGAGCCCCCACCAUUCACCAGAACCCCCGGGCAGUCCUCCCGGCGAGGGUGGUGGGGGGGCAAGGUGAAGAAGGAAGACACGAGAUCGGAGGAGGAGAAGCGGCUGACGAGCCGAGCUUGGUACUUCGUGGGGGCCCAGGUGGCAGCCGUCAUUGCAUACGUCGUCUUCUCGAGCUUGGAGGUGGAAGAAGUGGAACUCGAAGAAGAUUACGAAGAAGAUUGAUGCAACGAGGAUUCUUAUAGAGAAGCACCACGCUCGCCAUGCUGGCAUGCUGUCCUCAAGCUGGACUGCACGACCAACGUUGGCUGCGGACCCACCGUACUUUGGGCAAGUCACUUCACCCCGGCAGCGUGCUCAUGCACGUCAUCCGCUUGAAAGCAGCGGCAGGCCGCAGCGACUGAAUUGCCAUCACUCAAAGGUGUCGGCCUACGCAUGCCCUCAACGAAUUCACCAAAUCGUUGUCCAUUA